GCGAUGGGAAAACCCUAAUACCCUCUUUCCUAAGCCCCUGGUCGCUUGGUUUCUUGCAUCGGCGAAGCUUCCAGCAGCUGGUCCGUACUUGGUCGUUCUACCAAUUAGUUCAUAGGCACAAGAAGCUCGUCGUAUGCCUGCAACUCUAAAAGAUAACAAAGCAAACGCUAAACUUGUCGCCUUUACGCCUCGUCAAGUUUUGCUAGGAAUGAAGCACUCCGGUGAUAAUAACGCCUCUUCCAAUGGAACUGUCCAUUUGAACCAGGAAGAGAAGCUCCUUCUUCACAUCUCUUUGGCCCAUUAUUUUCACCGCUGUGGAUUCUCCAAGACCCUGAAGAAGUUUCGUUCCGAAGCGAAAAUCGAGAAAGAUAAUGUGGAGACUUCCUCAGUUGAUCUAGAAGAAAUGUGUCUCAAAUAUUUAGAAUUAUGCAGUAAGGGUGCUAAGACAAAUAUCAAUUACCAAAAGGAGCAAGUUGCUGGUAAGCACUUAAAAAAAGAUGCGGAUGAUCCUUUGGUGGCUGGUAUGGAUAAUGAUGCUGAGAAAAAGAAAAAGAAAGACAAGAGUGACAGUGAUCCUGUUCAUCAGCCUGGAUCAGAUAAAAAUUUAGAGGGUUCUAAGAAAACGAAUGGCUCAAACCCUGAAUCAGAAGCUAAAUCUAAAGAGAAGGGUACUGACAAAAAGAAAAAGGAAAAAAAGAAGAAAAGCAAGCUGGUGUCUGAAUCUCAUGCUAACAGUGUGGAAGAUGACCAAGUACAAUCAGAGUCUAUGCUUACGGAAGUGAAAGUUGCUGAGACAGAAAAGAAAUCCAAGGACAAAAAAAAGACCAAGAAAGACAAGCUGAGUUGUGAUGGAGAUGCUAAAGAGUUGCAUAUUGGGGAUCCCACUGAAAAUAUUUCCAAAAUCGCUGAUUUGGAAGCACCAAAUAAUGAUGUGACAGAAAAGAAGAAAGAUUCUAAAAAAAGGAAAAGACUGACUUCUGAAGAAAAUGAUGUACAACUUGCAGAUGAAAAGGCAGAUGAGGACCCCAAGCGCAGGAAGAUAGGCAAUCUCAUAGAAUCUAAGGAAGGAGAGCAGUCAGCAAAUGGUCAAGUUGGCGGUGAUCAGACACCAAGGACAUAUGGGGAACAACAUGACAAGAAGACAAAUGGAACUAAUGAAAAGUUUUCUGAGAAGAGGUCUCGGAAGAAACCGGAUUCUGUUGAGCCAAGUUCAGCAAAACCAUUUCAACGGGUCAAAAUUGAAAAGAUAAAAUAUGCUGAUGAGAGGCUUCAGGAUAACUCUUACUGGGCAAAGGAUGGUGCUGAAACUGGUUAUGGUGCAAAAGCUGAAGAAAUUCUUAGCCAGGUUAGAGGAAGAGGCUUUCGUCAUGAGAAGACCAAGAAGAAGCGUGGGACUUACAGAGGAGGGCAGAUAGAUUUACAAUCCCACUCAAUUAAGUUCAACUAUUCUGAUGACGAUGAAUGACCACAGGGCAUAUAGGUCUUUUUUUUUUUUUUUUGCUGGGGAAUUUACAUUUAUUUAUUCUCUUGGUUGAGUAGCUCAUUGCUUUUGGAUGAGAAUACGCUGAUUAUUAUUUUUGGAGCACUAUGUCAAGUAUGGUGUUGCCAUGAAAAUUUUCCUUGCGUUGUGCCGAAAGAAGAUCAAGCCAGUUCAGACACAACUACAAAUCUUCAAUUUCUAGUUAGUUCAUUUAAUCUUCAUUUUUCUGUGAUGGCUUAAAUGAUUCUAUUUCCAGUUUGCAAACAUGUUUACGAUAUAUCCAUUAUGUAUGUUGAUAAUCAAUACAAAACUUCAAUA